UAAUUUAGCAGAAGAGAGAAGCUUCAUGCCCAGGCUCUAAUAUCCAUGUUUUCUUUCCUUUGCAGAACCUCCAGGCACCAAGAUGUUCUUUACUUGUGGCCCCAAUGAGGCCAUGGUUGUCUCAGGUUUCUGCCGCAGCCCCCCAGUCAUGAUAGCUGGAGGCCGAGUGUUUGUGAUGCCGUGUAUCCAGCAGAUACAGAGGAUUUCACUGAAUACUCUGACGCUUAAUGUGAGGAGUGAAAAGGUUUACACCCGGCAUGGAGUUCCCAUCUCUGUCACUGGAAUCGCCCAGGUGAAGAUCCAAGGACAGAACAAGGAGAUGCUGUCUGCUGCUUGCCAAAUGUUCCUGGGCAAGACAGAGUCUGAGAUUGCCCAAAUUGCCCUGGAGACUCUGGAAGGUCAUCAGAGAGCCAUCAUGGCCCAUAUGACAGUAGAGGAAAUUUACAAGGACCGGCAGAAGUUCUCAGAGCAGGUUUUCAAAGUUGCUUCUUCUGAUCUAGUCAACAUGGGGAUCAGUGUGGUCAGCUACACCCUCAAAGACAUCCAUGAUGAUCAGGAUUAUCUUCACUCUCUGGGGAAGGCCCGAACCGCCCAGGUUCAGAAGGAUGCCCGGAUUGGAGAAGCUGAAGCCAAGAGAGAUGCUGGCAUCAAGGAAGCUAAGGCCAAGCAAGAGAAAUUGUCUGCUCAGUACCUGAAUGAAAUUGAAAUGGCCAAGGCUCAGCGGGAUUACGAGCUGAAGAAAGCGGCCUAUGAUAUCGAGGUGAACACAAGGAAAGCUGAAUCUGACUUGGCGUAUCAGCUGCAGGUAGCCAAGACAAAGCAGAAGAUUGAGGAGCAGAAGAUGCAGGUGCUGGUGGUGGAGCGAGCCCAACAGAUUCAAAUCCAGGAGCAAGAGAUCAUCUGCAAGGAGCGGGAAUUAGAGUCAAAGGUCAAGAAGCCUGCUGAAGCCGAGCGCUUCCGGCUGGAGAAACUGGCUGAAGCUGAGAGGUCCCAGCUGAUCAUGAAGGCCGAGGCUGAGGCAGAGUCUGUCAGGGUAAAGGGUGAGGCUCGGGCCUACGCUAUCGAGGCCAAAGCCCGGGCCGAUGCCGAGCAGAUGGCCAAGAAGGCAGAGGCCUUUCAGCAGUACCAAGAGGCAGCCAUGGUGGACAUGCUCCUGGAGAAGAUUCCGGAGGUGGCUGAAGAAAUCAGCAAGCCCUUGACCUCGGUGAAGAAGAUAACAAUGGUGUCCAGUGGGACUGGAGAUGUGGGAGCUGCCAAGAUCACGGGGGAGGUCCUAGAAAUCAUGAACAAACUGCCUGACACCGUUGAGAAACUCACCGGCGUUAGCAUCUCUCAGCAGAUAAACCAGAAGAAGCCAGGACGAAUGAACUAAAUGCUGAAGAUUUUGGGGAAGUGGGUGGGGAUCCUUCGUGAGCAUGAACUCCUAUGGUCCUAGUCUGUAUGUGUUCAUAUAUAGAGAUCUUCCCCAUCAAGAGACCCACCCACCUCCCAAAGAUUGCCAGACCUUUAUGGACAGAAGUGUUGCAUGUUGGCCAACGCUCCUCAACACCGCUGAGGUCUCGUGCACCCAUUGUGUCCCUGUGACACCCCAGUGUGUACAUUAGGGUAUCCCAGCACCCACUGCAUCUAGUAAAGCAUGGUUAUGUUGAUCCCAUUCGCGCUAAAUCCACUACAAUGCAUAAUCACGUUUCACUCAGUUAAGCUCUGUUCUUGGUUUGUUGGCUGGACACUGCUGGACACUAAGCUUCUUAAAAGAUGCAUCUCUUUAAGAAUUUAAGAAAGCGUCGACUUCUAGAAUUCUUGGGAAGGCAACAAGAAUGGAGGUUGGAUGAUGGUGAAAAAUGGAGGCUGAAGCUUGUUGCUGGAUUGUUUGCUACAAAGAUUUGUAACUGCUGAGAUCCAAUGCUGGGUUUUUGUUUUGUUUUUGUUUUGGAGGGAGGGUUCUCCCAAGGCACUGUUACCAAUCUGUGAAGAAAUUUUAGGGGGGCAAUUUUUCAGUGCUGAAAAAAGGUGGGCAAGGACUUCUGUAAGUAGAUCCACAUCAGACCACCUAUAUUUCCCCAUGUACACACUUCCGUGCCUGUCCAACCCCUUCUUUUGUGCCAUAAAUUCUGGGUGCUGUGCCCCACUAAAAUGCUCCACUUGGCCAAACCUUCCCCCCAAAAAAACUUUCUUGUCCUUGUUUCUGUUCCCUUUCCCCCCAGUAAGAUCUCUUUUUAAGGAGUGUGUGUUUACAGAGGCUUUCCUGAACAGAAACCCAGAAGUGCAGGAAAUCAGCAAAGUGGAAGUGUGCAAGAAGCCUGUGCCAUUUUCUUUCUUGUGUUGUGAAUUGGAGGUUGACUGCUGUGGGGGGGAAAUUCUGGUAAGUGUAUAUUGCAGAGGCAAACAUGGAUGCAGGAUGUGCUUUUGUUUCUUCUUACAGUCAUUAUCUGGAUGUGCCUUAUAUCUCUUUAACUUCUGGAACAAUCGUGCACCACCGCCACCAUUCCCACGUCUGGGGGCAAAACGUGUGCUUCUUAAGAACUGGAAUAUGCAAUCAAAAGAAGCCUGUGGAAUAGUCUCAGGGGACUGUACCAUUUCCACUUGGGGAGGUCCCACAGGAAUAUGCAUGCUCUCCGCAGAAAGCUAACAUACUUUCCCUCUAGUUUUCUGCAUGCAUGUGGUGUAACAAGGGAGAGCAUUCAAACAGGUGAUUCCUCCAGCUCACAGGUCAAAAUUGGAACUUUGCACUCGGCUGCGAGUAGUCUCUCCUACCUUCAUUUGACUUCAGUCAGAAGGUAUUAGAACCACUUCUGCUGUCUGACUGCAGGACCGUUACGCUUAAGCUGAGCUUUGUACCCUCCCAAGUCAGGCUGCUGUGAGCCACCCUUCAAUUUACCAGUCUGAGCUGUGAGUGAACAGGCCCCUCUCUGUUUCCUCCUGUCUGUGUGUCCCAAACUGUGACCCUCUCCCCACACACUAUUCACUGCAUAAAUAAAGUAUGCUCAAUCUGUUUGCAGUCACUUUAUAGGGACCCAGAGUUGGUAUCCUGUGUAACUGUGAUGGGAAAGUCAAAUCUUUCUAUCUGAGCCUUUGCCUUGCUUGCUGUGUUGUGAAACCUCAGUUCGGUGCCUUGUCUACCAAAGGAGGAGGAUUUGCCUCCCUCCACCGUUCUGCUGCUGAACUGCUCAGCUUAUAAUAAAACCCAAUGUUAUUGCC